CGUGACUCGAAUCUUGGUCCUUUAAGAAAGACUGCGCUUUGUGAUCCCAAAUCCUCUCGCUAUGCAAUGACACUGUCACAACCAGUCCUGUCGGUCACAGUCGGCGUGCUCGCCCUUCAAGGCGCUUUUAGCGAGCACGUUCAGCUCCUCCGCGCCGCCGCCGCAUCUUUCACGUACGUACGUUGGAAAAUCAUUGAAGUCCGCACGCCGAGCGAACUGGACCAGUGCGAUGCUCUGAUCAUACCCGGAGGCGAGAGCACGGCCAUCUCCCUCGUCGCCGAGCGCAGUUCGAUGCUGGAGCCUCUACGCACCUUUGUCAAAGUGCUCCGCAAGCCCGUGUGGGGGACAUGCGCGGGUUUGAUUCUUCUUAGCGAGAGCGCAAACAGGACCAAAAAGGGAGGGCAAGAGCUCAUCGGCGGCUUGGACGUCCGUAUAAACAGGAAUCACUUCGGGCGCCAAGUCGAGAGCUUCGAGGCCGACCUUGUCAUGCCUUUCCUCAGCGAACCAAGAAAGCCCUUCAGAAGCGUGUUCAUACGCGCACCCGUCGUGGAGAAAAUUCUGCCACAUGUCACCGGUAUACAGAGUGGCGAAGCAGCGAGAGAGAAGACGGUCGUAGCACCGAGCAAGACGCCACAGAAUGAGGCGGCCGAAAAGAGGAUGAGCGCUGAAGUGGAGGUUAUGUGUCGCUUGCCCGGAAGGGCAAGAACACUGAACGAGAAAGGCGUUUUAGCAGAGGAGGUUGGAGACGACGGAGAUAUUGUUGCAGUGCGUCAGGGCAAUUGCUUCGGCACAAGCUUCCACCCAGAGCUAGCUGAUGAUAAGAGGAUACAUGUGUGGUGGCUUGGUGAGGUCUUGAAAAGCAUAGAGAUGAGGAGGGUAUAGAACGGUCGGAUGAGUCCGCACUGUGCAUCAUCGAGACAUGCGCGUUUAGACAGUGCAUUUUGAACCUAGAAUUUGUUAUAUUUUUGAGGGUAUCGAUCGCUUUUACGUACAUCGGCGGACGGGCUCCUGAUUAUGCUCCAGUCAAGUACAAGGAACAGGUGGAAUGUCAUCGCUCGCCCAAGUUCUGCGCCCAAGACACCAUUUCAUGCAUGCUGUCAUCGGCCUUGUUUCAAAUUAUCCCAUUUGCCUUUUAAACUUAAGGCCCUAAAUUUCAUUAUCAC